GUAUUGAUAUGCAAAAUUUGACUUUGGCGUGCAUAUGCUACGCAAUGGGUAGGAUUAGGGUUGUGGGGUAGAUGCCUAUCAUAUUAUGUACGCAAAAACUGCGUAUCAUAUGCACGCCAACAAAUUUCGUAUCGUAUGCACGCGAAACCUGCAUAUUAUAUGCACGCCAAACACGUGCGUAUCAUAUGCACUCCAAAGUCCAUUUUUGCGUAUCAAUACCACGAGUUUUUGUGUUUAUUUGGCGUUCUAUUUAUACGUAUUUUCAUUUUGCCAACAUGUCCAGGAGUUUUUCCCACCAAGAUGAAAAUGGCGUAAAACCUGAAAAUUAAAGAUUUAGUUCUUUUCCAGCAUACCUAAUAGAAGACAACUUGGACCUUUAAAGGAUUAUAUCAUCUCUGAUAUAAACUACUGUUUGGAGUACACCUGCAAUGAAAAACCUCGGAGAGACUGAGACCAUUAAAAUGGACAGAAAGCUGUUAAAACCUCAGGUAGAAAGACGAAGAAGAGAAAGGAUGAAUCGGAGUCUGGAGAACCUGAGAACGCUGCUUCUGCAAGGCCCUGAGCACAAUAGUCCCGCUCAAAGGAGAAUAGAGAAAGCAGAGAUCCUGGAAUACACCGUCCUGUUUUUGCAAAACUCAGUCGCUCAGGCCAAGAAAGCAAAAGAUGUGGAAGGUGGAGAAAAGCGUCAGUUUAUGGAUGGCUUUUCAUCGUGUCUUCAGAAAGCAGCCCGCUUCCUGUCAGAUGAAGGUAAGACCCGUGGACUGGAAGGUUCAGUAACCGCCAUACUGUGUCAGCGUCUGACCCAGCCCUGCAUGUCGACCACCAUUCGACUGCCUGUCAGAAUCCAGAACUCGUCCAGAAAGCAGGUUCCAGAUUCAAAUGCACAGCAUCAUCUGCAGCAGAACUCUGUCUGCAAACAAGGACUUCCAACAGCUAGCAGAAACGUUGUGCCUCAACAGAACAGGAUUCCAUUCAGAAGCACAGACUCCAACACACUGCAUUCGACAGCCCCACCAACAUCUCAACACCAGACACCAGUCAGCCAGACUGUCUGGAGGCCUUGGCCUUGAGAGAAAUUAAAGACAUUUACAGAGAAAUGGACUCAAAAUGCUGGGCUUGUGUAAUCAUUAAACAUGGUUCAUCUCUUCUAAAUUAUAGGCUGCAGAGAGACAUGUGUAUUUUCAAAAAAUAUGUGUAAUGAUUUUAUCAUCUGACAUCACGUUGGAAUUGUAAAAUGUGUAAAUAGUGUUUGAUAAAUUAUGCAAUAUAUUUUUACACAGAUUUUUUUCUUUUGAAUGGUCUGUGCUGGGUGUAUGAUCAUUUGUAAUACAUAGCUGAUGUAUGUAUUUAUCUAUUUUGCACAUUUAUUUAUUCAUGACAUUCCUUUUUUAUAUA